AAUCUGUCAAAAUAUUUCGAUUUCGAUGCACUGUCAUUUUAUUAAUCGCUAAUCAUCGUUGGCUGUUUUCCGUGAACGAGUUUGAAACUGUUUCCAAAAAGUUUGAUAUACUCCGAAAAGAAGUCAUUUUUUGCGAAAAAAAAUGCCAUGUUUCACAGUAAAAGUAAAAUGGGGCAAGGAAAACUUCCCAAACGUUGAAGUAAACACAGAUGAAGAACCAAUGCUUUUCAAGGCUCAGCUGUAUGCUUUGACUGGAGUACAACCUGAGAGACAGAAGGUUCUCUGCAAAGGAAUUAGUUUGAAGGAUGACGAGUGGAAUAUGUCGAUAAAACAAGGCGCCACUCUUCUGCUGCUCGGCACGCGAGAAGAAGUUCCCCAGGAGCCAGUGGAAAAACCGAAAUUCAUAGAAGAUAUGAACGAGAGUGAACUAGCCACAGCUUUGGAGUUACCAGCUGGGUUAACUAAUUUGGGUAAUACGUGCUAUAUGAAUGCAACUCUUCAAUGUUUAAAAUCGGUACGAGAGCUACGAGAAGCACUAAAAAAUUAUAAAGAAACGUCCGGCGGGGCUUCGGGAUUGAGCGACAUUGCAUCACCCGGGGCAAUUACACUUUCCAUGCGAAAUUUGUUUGAGGAUAUGGAGAGGAACGAUACUGUUACGCCAGUGCUGUUCCUUCAACGGAUGCAUAUUGCUUUUCCAAACUUUGCUCAAACCGGGGAGAAUGGAACGUACCGACAGCAAGAUGCCAACGAGUGUUGGUCAGAAUUGUUAAAAAUGCUUCAGCAGAAACUGCCCCCUUCAAAAGGAAACAAUGAUGAAGUCACUAAGCACAGCUCCUUCAUUGACCAGUGGUUUGGAGGUUCAUUCGAUGUGGAGAUGAAAUGCACAGAAGCAGAAGAGGAACCAAUUAGUAAAUCAAAAGAAAAUUUUCUCCAACUAAGCUGUUUCAUUUCCACCGAAGUCAAAUAUAUGCAUUCAGGAAUAAGAUUGAGAUUGAAAGAACAACUAACGAAACGUUCACCCACACUGGACAGAGAUGCGGUUUACACAAAAACGUCACUCAUUAGUCGCUUGCCGGCAUAUCUGACUGUUCAGUUCGUUCGUUUUCAAUACAAGGGUAAGGAAGGCAUCAACGCAAAGGUUCUUAAAGAUAUAAAAUUCCCGAUGGAGUUUGAUGCCUUUGAGCUAUGCACACCAGAACUACAGUCGAAACUGUCCCCGAUGCGUGCAAAAUUUAAAGAAGUUGAAGAUGCUGAGCUCGAACGUAAUCUCAAAGGAAAAAAUAAAACCAAGGCCGAAUUAGAGAAGGAAAAACCUAAAACCAUUCCACAGCCGUACUGUUUCGAGGACGAUCAUGGAAGCAACAACAGUGGAUAUUACACAUUACAAGCAGUGCUCACCCAUCAAGGUCGGUCUAGUUCAUCUGGUCAUUAUGUGGGAUGGGUGCGUCAAAAGGGAGAUCAGUGGAUAAAGUUCGACGAUGAUUAUGUAUCACCUGUGGAUGCUGAGGCCAUCCUUAAGCUAUCCGGUGGAGGGGACUGGCAUUGUGCUUAUGUACUGGUUUACGGACCUAAAAUUCUCGAGCUACCGGUGGAUGAAAAGAAAGCUGCUGUUGGCGAAGAAGAGACAACUACGACGACGGAGACGACUUCUAGCGGGAAAAUGGCUGUUGAUUGAACGUUCUACCCACUCUUUUAGAUGAAGAUUUUGCAUUCUUUGUAAUUCUUUACAAGCUGGAUUUUGUUACUGCUAAACAAUAGAUAGCAUUAAAAAUACAUUUUAAUAAACAAUAACAUCAUUAUGCACAUCCAUA